AUGGAGCCCGCCAUAACCGCAUAUUCUGAAGAUGAGGAAUCCGAGUUGGACAGCGACGAUCUUGACGAGAUUGAUUUGAUAGAGGGGGAUAGUGAGCCCGUCAACAGAUACGGCAGCAAGUUAUACUAUCCUCUGACCAUUGGGGAAGUUCUAGGCCAGAGAUAUACGAUUCGCGGAAACACGGGUGGAGAAUCAGAUGCAACUAAUGACUACCUACUUGGUCAAGGGAAGUCCAAUCUGCUCACGUACCACGAGUGGUUUGAGCUUUCUGCCGCCACAACAUCGCAUGUACAUCGCGUACUGAUAUUUCCCCUGGUGGGCCCGAAUCUUGAUCAGACUUUCUCACACGCGAUGCCUAUGUCUACUCAUAUGUAUUAUCGCAUGUCUGCAGCAUGGCAGUUGCUACUGAGUUUGAAAAAUUUACACGAAGCCAAAAUAGUGCACCGAGAUCUGAACCCAGGAGCCGUAAUGUGGGGAUUGACGAGCCUUGAUGACUACGACACGACCACCAUAUACGAACACCUCGGAGUCCCAAGAAAGUACGAUCUAGGGUGGUUGUGGAAGCCUGGAGAGCUCGUGAAGCCAGCGACAAUCCCUGAAAUGUUGCGUGACGACAGGAUCUAUCUCGGCGACUUUGGGAUGGCCAUCAAAGACGAUACGCCAGUCCCUACCAAGGUGCAAACACCGACCCAGUUCUGCGCCCCGGAGAGGUUUCAUGGUGUGGACCCAAGUUCUGCUAGCGACAUGUGGAGCUAUAUGUACAUUUUUUCGUGGAUUUAUCUUGGUUUCGUUCCCGUUCAACGUCGCGGAGGUGUUGGAGUAAUGUCUGAUCUAGUCGGUAUCUUAGGUCCACUACCUGAACACUGGCACGGCUAUUUCAAGUGUGGUAAAGAGCAAGGUAGCGAUGGAUGGUAUGACCAGAGCCAGGUGCCUAUUGAAAAGAUGACCCUGACCUCGUUGGUAGCGGGAAGGCAGUCUGCGGUCAGCCAAGAGGAGCAGGAAUUAGUUGGAAAGUUCUUGAGAAGGUGUUUCGCUAUAAGCCUACGUACCGCUUAA